AUGACUAAGAAAAGCCAAAGCACCAUUGCUGAUGCUGCUGCUGCCACUGCCACUGCCACUGCAAAUAAUCUGACAAUGAGAAUAAUUUGGACAGAUAAAAUGUUGGAAAAUUAUCUUGACGUAUGUAUUAGCGAGGUUCAGGCUGGAAAUGAAACUGGCCUUGGAUGGGAUCCAGUGAAAAAAACAAUUGAUGCUACCGAGGCUUGGUGGGCAAAAAAGUUGCAGGAAAUUCCAGAAGCAGCUAAGUUUCAGAGUGUAGGUUUGGCUCAUGUUGCAAAGAUGAAAAUAUUGUUUAACGAUAUAACUACCACCAAUGAGAUGGCUUGGGCACCUUCCUCUAGGCUGCCUUUUGAUGAUAUUGGUUCCGCAACUGAUGCAGGUGUGAGUUGUGACAAGGAUAAAAAUGUGUUGUUAGAGCAUUUAGAUGACUCGGAUGACGAAUCUGAUCUCGAUGCAAAUGAUAGUGAUGAUAUUUCUGCUGAUUUUGACACCCAGGAUAAAGGAAAGAAAUGGUUUAGUUCUAGAGUGCAAGUUAGGAAAAGGAAAAAUGAAGUUCAAAUCAUUGAUCAACACUUCAGUCGUAUUUGUGAUGCACUAGAAAGGAGUUUAAUGAGAUCCGGGGAUAUUGAUAAACCUAGAUGUAGUAUUAAAGAGGUCAUGGAUGUUGUCUUCGAGAUUAUCAAGAUAGAAGAUAACAUUGACAUUCUUACGAAGGCGAGCGAGGUACUGCUUACUAGAUCACAUAGAGAGAUGUUCGUGGCCCUUAAAGACCCAGAGUUUCAGCUUGAUUUCAUUAAGCGGAUGGGAAAUAAAAAAGUCAAGAAUUGA